GUUUUUAAGUAUCCGAGAUUUAUUUUUUGAUCGCGUAUAAUAAACGAUGAGAAAGAAAUUAGUGCCAGAAGAAAAACCAAUUUGCAAUGUGGUGACGGUGUAUCGGGAGAGAGGACAUUACUUGCAACGUCUGGAGCAAUUUGAGAAAGCAAUCCUAGCAUACAAUGAAGCAUUACGGUGGAAUAAUGCAGAUGUGCGCUCUCUUCUCGGCAGAAGUUUGGCUAGAGCCAAGGCGACACAUUACGCUGAUGCACUUCGCGACGCAGCCUGCGCGGCUGAACUUGAACCAGAAAACCAGACAGCUCUUCAGAUACGGGCGCAAACGAAUUAUGAGAAAUGUGCUUUUGAAAGAGCGUACCUGCUCGCGAGUCGCGGACAAGUGUUUCGGAAGUAUCCCGCGCACUUUGCUGAGUGCGCGCGCUGCGCUGAGGAAACGAUUCGAGAAUGUACAGGAAAAAGUGCAACAAAAGUCUUAUCCUUGGCUAAAAAGAUAUCGGAAAUUGAAUGGGGCAGAGAAUCAACUGAGUUGAAAAAUAUACCUAUUCGUAAACCCAGAUUGCAGCCACAUCAAUCUCAUCAGGUCCAAGAAAUGUCUCGUGUGGAGAAGCAAAAGUCAGAACGUAUAUCCCGCCUAAUGGCUUCUAAAUACCUCGAACAGAUGGCACACGACAAAUACUUCCUCACCCAGUUGUGUAAAGAUGAACGAAUAUACUCCGCGAACAAGCUGGGCUCGAAGAUAUUACAGGAAUUAGCGUAUAAAGCCCUCGCCGACGUCGAUAAGAGACAGGAAGUUCUGCGUGAACGUCGACCACUAUAUGCAGCACGAGGGUCUGAUACGGAAGCCCGGAAUAGGCUCUCAAACGCUCGGAAAGAGAGAUUGGCCAAUACCCAGCGGCAGCACAUAGCAGAUGCAGAAAGACUUAUUCGCGCUGCACAAUCGGUCUUCGAACAAAGAAAUACGGCAAAGUGUUUGGAGAUUGCCGAGUUUGCUAUGGAGCAAAUAUCAAGGAAGCCAAAUAGUCUUCUGCCGGGAAAAGAAAAGUUUAUUCACCAAUUGCAAGAGGUUGUUGGGCAGGCGUUUUUGGAUCAGAAGCGUGUUGGAGAGGAAAUGAGUGAGGCGAAUCGUGAAAAGAGAGCUUUUAUUCUUUUGGGCAUUGCGAUUUCUCGUGAACCCAGUCGUGAUUCCAUCUUACGAGUUCGUCCCCCGGCGCCUCCACGCGACGCCAAACGUCGUUUACGUGGAUUGGAAAGAGCACUGUCAGUGAGCAACCGGGCCUCAGAACGAUGUUAUGUCCUACACGAGUUAUGCCGGCUCCACGCUGACACGAAACAAGCACACAGAGCCAAGUUUUAUGCUCUUAAAUGUCAGGCAGAGGCAAGGUCGUCCAAUCAGCGAGUCUGGUUGCUGAACACAACGUUUUUGCUGGCACGGUGCCACCUGCUGCAGAAUAAUCGCCCGGAAACACGAGCCGCUCUAAUCGAGGGCGCGGGGAUAGCGCGCGCCUGCGGAUAUCGCGACGUCGCAGCCUUCUUCGACACGUGUGUAAAUGUGUCAAUGGAGGGUGAAGUAGCAUCGGGUGAUGCUGUACUGGAGAAGCGAGAGCGUGCGAUGGUCAGCUUGAUGCCAGACGAUGAUAUGCGACAGGCUGCUCAACAUCUCUUUAGGAAGAUGUCGGUCAUACCGGCCUCGAGACGGUUCUCAAUAAUGCCAGGCACUCGCACUGAGGAAGCCACUCCGUCUGUCAACCGGCGCCCAUCGAUCGCGCCGCCCGCCCAGCCGCCCGCGCGGUUCAAUCGUAAAACUCAACAUCCACUCGGCUUUCAAGACUUUGAUAUCUAAUCUUUAUUAUACACAUUUAUUUUUGACAUAAAUAUAUACGUUUU